GUUUAACCCGGAGCCAGGCGUGUUUCUUAUUGCGGCUGUUGAGUCACUGUCGAGAUUGGCCCGAGGUGAGCCCUGCACAUCCGCGUUGGGACUCCAGACACGCCUUCUUCUCACACAAACCCGCGGAGCCCAGGCGCCCGGGCGGGCGGGCGCACUCCGGGGGUGGUGCUGCUGCCGGCCCUGCCUCUCGCAGUCCUGACGGCGCUGGACGCAUCCCGAGCCACAGGUUGGAAAAAGAAGGCGCUGUCCCCAUGAGUGUCACCCUGUGAAGCAGCUCGUGCGUGGCUCGGGUGGCGGAGCCCCGGGUCCCAGGGCUUGGGAAGGGCAGGAAACGUCUCUGAAAUCCGACACCAGCCCUCUCGGCGCGGAACUUCGCAGGCUGGAAUCAAGGAGAAAAUAAGUGGACUAUUCAGUAGUGGAAACACUGCUGCACAAAAUGGCAGUACUGAUGGCUGAUGAACACAUCCAUCUCUUGGCCAGCAGCUCUUUGGAUCUUGGGGUCAUAUGUUCACUACUGAGCCUACCAAGACCUUCACUAUGACCGAUGGGGACUAUGAUUACCUGAUUAAACUCCUGGCCCUUGGAGAUUCAGGGGUGGGGAAGACGACAUUUCUUUACAGAUACACAGAUAAUAAAUUCAAUCCCAAAUUCAUCACUACAGUAGGAAUAGAUUUUCGGGAAAAACGUGUGGUUUAUAACACACAAGGGCCAAAUGGAUCAUCAGGGAAAGCAUUUAAAGUGCAUCUGCAGCUUUGGGACACAGCAGGCCAAGAGCGGUUCCGGAGCCUCACCACUGCGUUCUUUAGAGACGCCAUGGGCUUCUUGUUAAUGUUUGACCUCACCAGUCAACAGAGCUUCUUAAAUGUCAGAAACUGGAUGAGCCAACUUCAAGCAAAUGCUUACUGUGAAAAUCCAGACAUAGUAUUAAUUGGCAACAAGGCAGACCUGCCAGACCAGAGGGAAGUCAAUGAACGGCAAGCCCGGGAAUUAGCUGAAAAAUAUGGCAUUCCAUAUUUUGAAACAAGUGCAGCUACUGGACAGAAUGUAGAGAAAUCUGUGGAAACCCUUCUGGACUUAAUAAUGAAACGAAUGGAACAGUGUGUGGAGAAGACACAGGUCCCCGAUGCUGUCAAUGGUGGAAAUUCUGGAAAGCUAGAUGGGGAGAAGUCAGCAGAGAAGAAAUGUGCCUGCUAGCCUGUACACCGGAGCUGACAGCCAAGACACUUGCCCAAAUAUUGCUUCUGAAAACAGUGACAAACCACAAAUUGGACCAUACACAACAGCAUGUUUUCCUUUUUCAUCCAGAAAACCUAUUUUAAGAACAGGAAUAGCUAAAAGUGUUGAAAAGAACUGACCAGCUAUUCUUGAGUCUCUUCCAAAUAAAAUUGAAGGCUUUCUAAGAUGACCAAUCUAACCAUCCUGAUGCUCAGUUUUUUUAUAUAAAAAAGCAUAGCAUGCAAGAGAGCAUACAAGAAAUAAGUAUCAGUGAGUUUUAAAAGACAUCAAAUAUUACUUUGCUACAAUGAAGAAAGGAAUAGGCUACUACUGGAAGAAUACAGAAAGAUUUUUAAAAAUUUGCAUUUAUUUAUAUCAAAUAUGAUUCAUCCUUCUACAUUUCUAUUGGGGAAAACAUAUUAGCUAAAAUUGGUUACACAAUGGAGAAUUUUAUGUGGUCCAUUAAGAAUGACAUGACUGUAUGUACCCAAGAUGCUGAACUAGAGUGGUUAAAUUACUGAUAAGCUUAUGAUGGAUGAAGGUCAGAAUUCUGCUGAAAUGAGGAGAUUGCAUAGUAAUAUGAUUUUUAGCAUCCUAAUAAGUGGCAGGUAGACAAGAACAGGACUGUGGUUGACAAAGUAGGGGAGAACUUUCUGGAGGAAAAAGUGUAGAAAUGAGGCAUUUGUACAGCUGAAAUCAAAUGUAUCUGUUACAGAUGUCUGGAAGAGUUAUUUAGUCAAGUUUCACCCAAGCCAGUUAGAAGCUGAUAAUACCAGUUAUGCUUAAACAGAAAUCUAAAUGUUCCCCUUUCCAACAUUUUGCUUUUCUCAGCAAAUGUGGUAAAUAGUCACAAAACUCAAUAAACCACUGCCGUAUAUUAAAUAUCUCUUUUCAAAUGUAAUCCAGAAAACUUAUUUAACCUAAAAUUUAAAGAUAAAAUACACUGUUCAUAUAAAACACAAGUGAUUCCUAAUUAUAGGUUUCCUUUUACUGUACCAGAGCACUAGAAAGUCUGAUUCAUGUUUUUCCUUUCAACCCUCUCUCACCCCUGGCUUUGAAUCAAUUGCAGAAACAUUAAAUGUGUCACAUCUUAGCCCACCAACCUCAGAAUAAUGAUGGAUCAAUUCUAGGGUUCCUCUGAAUUUUCAUGUCAUUAAUUAUAUAAAAAUUGAUGAUACCAUAUUCUUUAUUACAAUAUGUUUUUAUUUUGUCUAAGAAAAAAAAUCUAUACUUGCCCUAUGUGUGAAUGUUGGGCCGAGAUGAAGCCAUAUCUUAUCUCACCAAAAAUGUGGUCAGUUGCUUUAUUAUUAUUUUUUUACAUAAAGCUGCCUUUUCUUUCUAUAAAUUAUCACAAAGGUAUUUUCUAUUGGUUAUUUCUCAUACUUGUGGACACUAAUGGCAUGUAAGUUUUAAACUUAGUUUCUGAUACACACAAGCGAUUCCUGUUAUAAUAGUAUUUAUAUCUAAAUAAUAUAUCAGUCUAUACUAUCGGUGAUAAAGGCAACUAUUCCAUUUUUUCCUUUUUACUGUGAGUAUAUAAUUUUUGCAGAAUUACUCACGUUCCUAUAAAAUUUUUCCAACUGAACCUCAUUUUUCCAUACUCUAUAUUUACUUUGUUAAGUAAGGAACAUUAAAGAACUUAGAAUUGCAGUUCCCUUUUCAACAUAUUUUACAAACCUCCAUCUGCUAUUGAAUGUUUCAGAAAUACAAAAAGAGCCAAGAUAAUAACUAUUUGCGUUUUGGGGAUGAACUAGACCCAAACAUGUGCCACAAAACAGAACACCUUAGAAGCUGUUAUGAGAAAGGUCCCCAGGGUAUUCUCAGUGUUAACUGUGCGGUGCUAAGCCUAUGAUUUCUCUAGCAGUGCAGCACCUACUAAGUCGGACCAUGGCUUGGUAUUCUUUUCAGCUGUGUUUUCUCUAGAACACUCUGCAUGAACUCAGUGCCUGCACCAUGAAUCUAGAAAGCUAUUAUCUAAACAAUUAAGGUAUUUCUUCUAGAAGGACAGUGAGGAGAAACCAUGUAACCACUGCUGCCAUAAAGUCUGGUAAAUUUUUGUGACUAGUAUGAGUUUCUUUUCCAAGGAGUCCACAUUGUCAGGCUCCUGCAUUUCCAUAAUAGGGAAGGCUAGACUUUUAUAAAAUGCUAGAGAUUCUUGUGGGAUAUUUCUUUCAUUUACUGUUCAUUUUCCAGUUAUAUGAUUGAUAUAAUGUGCCAGGAUUCUGUCAUUGUCAAUUAUCUAAUGAGUAUUUUUUCAGGGUCUAUUUUGAGAUUGCUAUAUGAUAGCUGAAGCAUGAAGCAAAGGGUGAUGAGGCCCAUAAUUAUAGAACUGUGCCUGCAUAAAUAACAAUUAUUGGGUAAUAAUUUCAAAAGGACUGAAAUUUAUAACUGACAAGAAAAUGAAAAUAUUAUUUUAUUUUUAAGUAAAUACUUGUUCUAAAAAUAUUUUCUCUGGAAAAAAUGACAUGUAACCUUCAAAUCUAGGUAGCCAUUAUUAGAAAUUCCUUCAUUAUUUCAGGGUUAAUAGCUCUGUAGAAUUCAUUUCCAAUUUGAAACUUACCUGGUGCCACAAAUGUACAGAUUGCUUUAAAUAAUUCUGUUUCUUUUAUCCCAUAAUAGUAUAUAUUUUUACCCAAAAUAAGUCCUGCUUUCUGAUCAUUUCAAAAUGGUUCAGUAAAUCAUCUUCUAUUUUGAAGAAAUGUUUAAAAUGUACAUGAAACCUUUUCUGGUACAGAACUCUUUUGUAGAAUGUUUACACUGGUUUGAUGUUUACAUCAUCCUAAUUUAGUGCCUAAAAUAUUUCUGUGACCAAAUUUGUCUCCAGCUACAGCUCAUUUGCUCUGGUCUCUUUUAGGAAGGCCUUACUGUGAUACCCACACAGCUAAAGGUCUUCUGAGAUCAUUAGCAAAGAAGGCACAGCCUUUAUUGGAAUCUAGAGAUCGUUACCACCUUCUCUUGGUUUCCUAGCUUACUUCUCAUAGAGUGGAAGGUACUCGAGACUUAAUUGCGAUUAAGUGCAAGGCUAUCUUUUACUGAAAAUGCAGAAAGACUUCUUAAGUGUAUCAAAUACAGUCAAGAGAAUGGAAUGUCUGUUGAGGUCUAAUGAUGGUAGCAACUCAUAAAUUAAAGAAAACACUGAGUGUUGAGAAUUGGAUGUUUAUCCAUUAAGAAUUUAAAAACUCUCAUGUUGUCACUCUAGCUAAUUAUCCUUCAUUUCCAUAUUAUCAGCUGUCGCACUGCAAACAAUUCAAGACCAGCAUUUUCUAAAGUAUUUUACCAAUUGUACUUUACCAGGUGGACCAUUCUGUGCAUCUUUGUCAUACUCUACUAUACUUGUUUGCCAACCUGUACAGAUAGUAAGAACUGGGCAGGAAUUUUUCUCAGCACUUUUCUUGUUUCCCGAAUAAGUAGUAGAAGUUUGACCGUAGUGUCUGUUAGGAAUCAACAAAAUGAUCAAUCCCAUAUUAUCUUCACCACUAGCAUGCAUACAAAAAUUAGAAGCUAAUAUUGUGUACUGAUACAGUAGAUACAAAGACAUAAUAGAUAAUGUGGAGCACGUGUGCCUGUGAAUAAGAUUAUUGUUCUAAAUCUUUCCUGUGGGCUGGGGAGAUAGCUCAGCAGUGUCAGUGCUGCCUGUCAAGCACAAGGACGUCGGUGUGAUACCCUGU